UCAGUCUUCUUCGCCAAACUCGACAAGGGCUCCUCUAGAGUCUGAACCUUCUUCCCAGGGUCCCUUGCAACUCUUUCCCAGUCUCCUUUGCCAGCUUGUCCCACCUUCUUUCCUUUUGCUUAUAGUCCAGACCAAGUUCCCCGGGUGCACCGCGCGCUGCCCGAGGCGCGAAGCAGAGGUGGCGGGAAAGGAGAGUGAAGAGAGAAGCAAGUUUAAGUCAACUCAAGGGUGCAUUUCCAAGUUGGCCACCCCUUGGUAACAAGUACAACUGAUUGCUUGACCUCCUAAAGCUGUCUCCCAGGAGGAUGUAUAAAGUACUGCAUCCAGGACAAUACACCAAGAGAAUUUACCCCUCAGCUUCUGUAUGUCAUUGGAGAAAGCUUUGUCUCAUGGUACAUUAACUCCCUGGAGCAUCCAAAUUGUGUGUAGAAGCUAACCAGAAUCAACAUGUCUGCGACCGAGGAAACAAAUCAUGGAGGGCAUGACAGCCAUCUUCCUGCUGGUGGCAACUCUGUAUUGUGCUUUGGACAGUGCCAGUACACAGCAGAAGAGUACCAGGCCAUCCAGAGUGCUCUGAGGCAGAGGCUGGGCCCGGAAUACAUAAGUAGCCGCAUGGCUGGAGGAGGCCAGAAGGUGUGUUACAUUGAAGGUCACAAGGUAAUUAGUCUGGCCAAUGAAAUGUUUGGUUACAAUGGCUGGGCACACUCCAUCACACAGCAGAAUGUGGAUUUUGUUGACCUCAACAAUGGCAAGUUCUACGUGGGAGUCUGUGCAUUUGUGAGGGUGCAGUUAAAGGAUGGUUCAUAUCAUGAAGAUGUGGGUUAUGGUGUUAGUGAGGGCCUCAAGUCAAAGGCCUUGUCUUUGGAGAAGGCCAGGAAGGAGGCAGUGACCGAUGGGCUCAAGCGAGCACUCAGGAGUUUUGGGAAUGCGCUUGGAAAUUGUAUUCUGGACAAAGACUAUCUGAGGUCAUUAAAUAAGCUUCCACGCCAGUUGCCUCAUGAAGUGGAUUUAACUAAAGCAAAGAGACAAGAUUUUGAACCAUCUGUGGAACAGGCAAGAUAUAACAGCUGUCUACUGAAUAGGGCUGUGGGACCUUCAAAACCACAGAAGGUGACCUCUCCAUGCAGACCAAGCCACUUGGAUGAUCCCCACAUUGUGCUGCAGGGGGACAAGGCCAGCAGUUCCCGAUGCAGAAGCCCGACACCCUGCACCGCGGAGAGUGAUGCCACAUACCAGCGGAAGCUCCGGCAGCAGCAGCUGCAGCGGCAGUUCCGGGAGCAAAUGGAGAAGCAGCCACGUGCUCAGAUGCCUGCUCCAGAGGUUGAGAAGAGGAGUGAGGCAGCACUUCCUGCCCGCCCUUUGACGCACAGCACCCCUAUAACUGACACAGGGCCAUUCAAGGAGAAAGUUGUCCUUGCAGAGAACUUUGAAGACAACCUUGAAAUGUGGGAUCUGACUCCAGAUUUAGAAGACAUUGUCAAGCCCUUAUCUAGACCAGAUCCACCCCAGACCUCUGCCACCCGAGUCCUGAACAAUCAGGACAGGAUGCUACACAGCGAUCUUCACCAGAAGCCACAAGAAAAAUCUGGACUCUGGCACCCAGAGACUUACAGCACUAACCAGCAUGUAACACGUAGCAAUGAGAUGUGUUUAGGAAACUCUGAAUCUCAUAGGAAGAGCCAGGACAUGAAGAAAAGGAAAUUGGAUCCAUCUUAAAUGACUCAGGACCUACUUGGACUGUCACAAAGGGACUUUGGAAAACUGCUUUUUGGUCUUGAAAUUAUUCGUCAUUCCUGGGGAAUGAACUUGAUUUCCAAGGAUUACCUUGAUUCAUUUUGAACCUUUUCAGGAGACUUGACUGUUAAGCCUACUGCAGAGAAAGCUGAGCACUUUGAAAAAUCUUGUCACAUGCUACAGUAGGGAGGUCAAGGACAGAUGAAAUACCCGUCUUUUGACUCCUCAGGCUUUUUCCUCUUUACUCCUAAGCUAUUUAAUAUUAAUAAAGGUAGACAUUUUAGGACUCGCUAAUGGCUACCUGCCCUCAAUAUACAGCAAUGUAGAGGCCAUACUCCAAAAGUACUUUCAUGCUUCUCUCUCUCUAUAACAUAUCCAAAUUGCCAGCAUCCCUGUUCUUACACUUUGUGGACAUUAAAUAAGGGUUACUUGAACUUCGAUACAAGCAUGGCAACAAUGCCCAAGUUGAUCUAAUAACUAAGAAGAAUAACUAAUGCAUAGAAAAUACAAGCAUGGAUAGAUUGGAUAAAGGUAUGAUUCAUGUCCUGGGUGGGAAAGCAUAUGAUUUAUCACAUUAUUUAGACUGAUGUUUAAUCUAAAAACCUUGGAAAGCAAAAUUAUGGGUAAGAGGGAAUACUAUAAAAUCUCUCAGUUGUGGGUUCAUGACAGCACAAUUCUGCAUCCUUUUAAGACCAACAUUCUUUACUAAUCAAAGAAAUAAUGAUCGAAGAUCAAGAAAAAGGUACAUGCACCUCAGAGCAUUAAUCUCCAGGAUAUAUAAAGAGCUCAAAAAACUUAACACCAAACAAAUA